CUCUCUCGGCCACCCGGCAAAUCCCACCGCCAAAGAGGAAGAUUAGGAAUCAUCGACUUCUUCGUAUUAGAUGAAGAACGUAUUCGCACUGCCGACGGCGAGGGCUAUAACGGCAAGAAAUGCAUUGUCGAGGAGCCUCUGCCUCUCCACCUCUAAGCAACAUUCCACCGAGGCUCUUCAAGAAACCGAGCGUGCAAUCCCCAAAAUGCCCCCCUUCGACUACACUCCUCCGCCCUACACCGGCCCCUCCGCCGCCGAUAUCAUGGAAAUGCGCCUCCGCCACCUCAGCCCCGCCGCCUUCCACUUGUACUCUCACCCCUUGAAUUUGGUCGACGGAAAGAUGCAGUACUUGUUCGAUGAGAACGGCCGUCGGUACCUCGACGCAUUCGGAGGGAUCGCCGCCGUUUCGUGCGGCCAUUGUCACCCUGACGUAGUGGACGCCAUUGUCAAUCAGACGAAGCGAUUGCAGCAUACCACUGUCCUUUAUCUAAAUGCGGCCGUUGCCGAAUUUGCAGCUGCACUGGCAUCCAAGCUGCCUGGCGAUCUCAAGGUUGUCUUCUUCACAAAUUCUGGGACUGAAGCAAAUGAGUUGGCUCUGAUGAUGGCUCGGUUGUACUCAGGCUCCCAUGAUAUUAUUUCAAUUAGAAAUGGUUACCAUGGCAAUGCAUCUGGGGCCAUGGGUUCUACUGCCCACAGUAAUUACAAAUUCAAUGUUGUACAGACUGGAGUUCACCAUGCCUUAAACCCAGAUCAAUAUAGGGGUGUCUUUGGAUCUGAUGGACUGAAAUAUGCAAAAGAUGUGGAAGACCUCAUUUCUUAUGGAACAUGUGGUCGUGUUGCGGGCUUUAUUGCAGAAGCUAUACAGGGUGUGGGUGGAAUUUUGGAGUUGGCCCCGGGUUACUUGCCAGCUGUAUAUAGCAGCAUCAGAAAGGCAGGAGGUCUUUGUAUUGCUGAUGAAGUCCAGUCAGGUUUUGCUCGCACUGGCAGCCAUUUUUGGGGGUUUGAGGCCCAUGGUGUUGUACCUGAUAUCGUGACUAUGGCUAAGGGCAUUGGAAAUGGUCUUCCCCUUGGUGCGGUAGUAACCACUCCUGAGAUUUCAAAGGUCUUGACUUAUCAUGUCUAUUUUAAUACAUUUGGAGGGAAUCCUGUGUCCACUGCUGGAGGGCUAGCAGUGCUGAGAGUACUUGAGAAAGAAAAACUUCAAGAGAAUGCAUUGACUGUGGGAUCAUAUCUGAAAGAGCGUCUGACAUCACUCAAGGACAAACAUGAAAUUAUUGGGGAUGUCAGGGGAAGAGGUCUUUUGCUAGGAGUUGAACUUGUAACUGAUCGUGAAUUAAAAACUCCAGCCAAGGUUGAAACUUUGCAUAUUAUGGAACAGAUGAAAGAAGUGGGGGUGUUGAUAGGCAAAGGUGGGAAUCAUGGGAAUGUUUUUAGGAUUACUCCUCCACUCUGCUUCACCAAGGAAGAUGCUGAUUUUCUUGUGGGUGUGAUGGACUACACAAUGUCAAAGAUGUGAAGAUGUACACUAAAUGGUCGAAGAUGGCUGCUUAAUCAUCAGCAUCUUGAUGCAAUAAACACUUGCUGGGAGCUUAAAGUUGGCAUGUGCUGGUGCUGUGACAAGCUUUCUGUCACUGUAGGAAAAAUCUUUUUAAUUAAACUAGAUGUAUCUAGAUAUUUUUGACAAGUUGUGAAUCUUGAUUUAAGCUUGUUUUUUGUAAAAGGAGUGAAUGAGCUUAAUUUAAGCUGCAUGUCUGCAGAUAGGAGUUGGUAGAGUUGGUAAUGUGUUUGAAAGUCUUGGAUGUAAUCUCUAUAAGUAUGGUUUUGAAUCAAAAGAAAUCAG